UAAGAAAAAUGAACAUUAAUUCGUAAUACUGACAAAGAACAUUGUAGAAAUUAAAUGUGUAAUUUAGUGACGUGUUAUUUUUAAAUGAAUUUCAUUAUUUUUAUUCUGAGAUAUUAAAAAAAAUUAGUGUCAGUAAUUUGUGGUUUAUCUAAUGUCAAUAUUUAUUAAAAAUUCAGUGAUAGUGACAGUUGACGAAGAGCUAAGUUAUUGCGUAGGUGGUUACAACUGCACUUGGCCUGUCUCAUUACAUUUAUAUUAAUAAAGAGUAAAACUGUCAGUGGGAAAUUGUGUAAUUUAUUAAUUUCUCUUACGACUGUGUAUAAGCAGUCAAUUUUAUAUAUAGUGAUCAUGGACCAAAUGAUUGCUUUGAGUACACGAAAUCCAUUGACUUUAUUAGUAAAGUUUGGGAUGAUGGCCUGGAAUGAUACUUGUGGUAAUGAAAAUUGUUCUGGGCAUGGAGAAUGUCAUAAUGGUACCUGCUUAUGUGAGAUUCAGUUUGAUGGAUUAGAAUGUCAUGUCCCAAAUUUAAGUUACUACAUUGCAUUCGCAACCAUAUUCUUUACACUGGCAUUUGUGUGUCUAAUACAACUUAUUAUGUGUAUCAUCGCAGAAUGGCAGAAAAUGAAAGCACCAUCUUUUCUUAGAGCUUGUAGAAUCACAACACAAAAAGUUUUGUAUUUUAUUGUAUUUCUUGCAUCAUUAAUAAGAGGGGCAUAUUUUACAUCUCCGACUGCAUUUAAAGAAGGAUGGUCUCGAAGUUUAUUAUCUGCAUAUUAUCCACUUGUUUUAAGUGGAUCCUCUUUAAUUGUUUGUUUUUGGGCUGAAGUGUUCCAUUUAAGAAAUAUGUCAUGGGACAAACCACAGUUUCUUUCAAAAUCAUUUAUAGGUUUUGCAGUGUUUAAUAUGGUAACAUAUUCUUUGCUUCUAGCAGAAUUUAUUAUCACUCAAAUAUAUUCUCAAGAAGAUCAGAGCUUUUAUACCCAUGUUUUUAAUGGUUGUUAUGCAGUUCUCUUGUUUAUUGUUGUGAUCUUUUUCUUAAUUUAUGGAGUAGAGGUAUAUUUUAAAAUUCGAGGUGGGUUUUUAAAUGAUUAUCAUAAUAAUACUAUUCUGAAUAAACGUACAGUCUCUGAGUCAAAAGUUAAUGCUGAAGAACAAGUUACUGCAAAAUUGUUUGAUCCUGUUCCAACUUCAUCACAGUUAUCUCAAGUACAAGAACAAAUAAAUGUUUCUCAGUUACAUCAAUCUCGUGUAGGAUUAUUGUCACAAGCUUUCAUGUUAUUUAUUAUUGUUGGAUUUUUGUGCAGUGAAACACUUAGUGAAUUCUGGAAAGCAAAAGUACAGUUAAUAAAUAUAAUAAUAUAAAAAUAAAAUACAUUAAUAUGAAACUCUAAAAACAUAUUAUUUUUAAUUCAUUAAUAUUUUUAUUAAUACAUAAAUACAAUUAUAUUUUCAUUUUAUUUUAGUCCAGAACAAUUGUGGAUUUUAAAUCCAAAACGUCUUUUGAAGAGAUUAGAUCAUUCUAAAUAUAUAAAAGAAAUAGAAUUACAAGAUAAAAGUGGCGAGCAAGACGCUGCACUUGUUUCGGAUAGAACAUCAAUUAGCAGUAAAGAUUGUUGGAUUUGUUAUGAUAGUGAAAGGCAAGAUGCUGGCCCAUUAAUACAACCAUGUCAAUGUAGAGGUGAUGUGAGUGCAGUCCACCAUAAUUGUUUACGCCGGUGGUUGGUCGAGAGUUCUAUAAAUGCUGAUAGUCUUACUUGCAAAGUAUGUGGUACAAAGUACAAUGUUGAACAUGCAAGUAGAUUGGAUUGGCAAAAUAGUAUAACUUCACGUCAUUGUUUGCAAACUAUUGCAAUUGUCACAACAAUGUGUGGAUCAUCAGCUGCCGCUUGGACGCUCAUUCAAUUAGUAGAAGGUCCAAUUAUUAGAAUGCUCGCAGCUGGUACUGCAUUAUUGGUCAUGUAUGUUUGUAUAAGGUUUUUAAGUUUAAACACAGUAGUGGCAUAUCAACGUGCUAAAAUUUCAUCGCUAAAUAUUAUUAGUUCUGAUAAUAAUGGAAAUGCACAUGUUUCUACUAUUAGUCAUACAGUUUGUGUAGACUUAGCAAAAUCUGAAGCAGCCACAAUAUAA